AAUACGUGGUAGUAUAAGUCGUAUAAUGUUAAUAUGUUUAUUUAACUUUUCGCUAAUAAUUUCACUAAUAUAAGCUAUGAAAAUAAAAAUAUAUCGUAAAAGGUUUUCAUAUGGCCAGAUAUAAAAAAUACUUUAGUUAUAUAAAUCGAGAAUAUAGCAUUCAAUAGUUUUGUUUUUUUUAUAACCAAAGUGAAUAUAGUCAGAAGCGUACACAAGCGCUGUAGAAAAUUCAAGUCCGUUUAAUGGCGGACGCUAGUAAUUUUGGAAGUUUCGUGAUUCUAUUGUUCUGUUUUUGAGAAUACCACUAUUUUUUACUAUAAGGAAUGUGUUUUUCAAACGGUGAUUAAAGCCACAGUGUUUUAAACGUGAAAGUGAUAUGAAAUGUUCUGUUAUAGCGUGACAAAAGCGUUUGCUAGAUAUGUAACCUUUUCCCUAACCUCGUUUACGCCUAUGGAGUAGAUAUGUGAUCGAUGUGUGUGCGUCGGUGAACGAUAUUUCGUCCGUUUCGCGUUACAAUUUGUGCGUGGUGAUUCGUCUUAUUAGUGAUGGAAGUGUCCGCGUCGCGAUUUUGCAAUCCGACGCCCGAUUUCGAUGUAACGUAAGCGAGCCGGUCGAUCGCUAAAGCAGGGACGGUCGCUACCAGCCUAACAUGGCUGCGACGCAGGCUGAGUCUCAGCGAAGCGAAGCAAACGUAGAACAGAAUCCAUCGGAGCAGCUCAGUGAAUCUCGGAACGUUCUAUUACAAAACGGGACCGACAAGUCCAUCGGGCGCGUUCCGCCCGAUGGCGUCGUGAAUACAAAGAGCAAAUCGCCUAUGUCUGCCGAACCGGGGCAGCCGCGCGACGGAGGUGAUGCGCCCGGUCACGAUCGACCCGGAGAAAGGCCAGUGACGGACCAAUACGGCCAGUAUCGUUAUCCCGAAAGCGCGGAUCCCUAUUACGCGCCGCGUCCAGGUUUUCCCGGUAAACCACGGCCGCCACCGCAGCAACCGCGCUUUUUCCCGGGUCAGGCUGUGUCACAGGCCCCGGGGCCUACCCCGACGCUGAAUUCAUUGCUGCAAUCUAGUGGGGCGCCGCCGCACCGGUACCCCAACAGUUAUGAGCAGCCGCCGGGAGGCUACGCCCCAGCACCUGGCUGGCCACCCAGGCCAAUGCCACCAUAUAAUCCUCAAGGGAGUCCUUAUAGAAAUUCUACGCCACCACGGGGCUAUCCAGGUGGGCCGCCGUACGGAUCUGGGCCUCCAGGUGGACCUCAGCAGCCCCCAGGGGCGUACGGACCCCCUGGCACGUACCAAAGGUACCCUCCGCCGCCAGGGCCUCCGGGCGCGCCCAAUUCGCGUCCGCCAUUUUCGCCACAUCAGGGCUACGAACGCGGCGGUUCGCCACAGCCGCCGACACAGCCUCCUCGCGCGCCCAGCCCCGGUUCAGGGCAGAGCGCGCCUGGGGCUCUCUCGCCCACGCAAGACGCUCAACACGCGCCCCACUUGCCGCCGCACGGGGCUCCGCCGCCGCAACAUCAGGGUUACCAUCCACCCCCGAGGCCACCUCAGCCGUCCACACCCAACGCACACGAUCCUGACUCUGAUCUGACCGGUCAGAACAGCAAUGACUCUGGCGGGAGCGGCGGCGCGGGUCGCGCUACCACGCCGCACCUGAGACCAACCCCCAGCCCAACAGGCUCCAGCGGAUCGCGAUCCAUGUCACCGGCUGUCGGUACGCAAAACGUAGCGAUGCCGCCGCGAACGUCGUCAUCGCUGUCGGAGGGCAGCGGGGGCGCGCCGCGGGGCGCUGGCUCGGCUCCGGGCCCCGGAGGCCCCGGCGGCCCUGUGCCGCCGCCUGGCGCCGCCAUGGUCCCGCAGCCAUACCACCACGGCGCUUACAAGCCGCCGCAUUACCCGCCGCAGCCUUACGGCUACCCUCCGAGGAAUCACCAUCCCUAUCCGUACAGUCAGUACAGACCGCCUCCGCCUCAUCCACCUCAACACUAUCCGCCCAUGAAGUCUUUUCCACAAUUCCAGCAGGCCGGGCGUCACAUGGGCCCGCCGGGGUCAGAGGGCGCGAUGCCGCCGCCCACCGCGCCCGGCGACUCGCACGACAACGGGCCCGCCGCGCCCGCCACCGCGCUCGUCACCACCGGGCCCGACGGCGCGCCGCUCGACGAGGGCAGCCAGCAGAGCACGCUCAGCAACGCGUCGGCCGCUUCUGGCGAGGAAGCGUGCGGCAGCGCCAAGGGCCGCAAAGAGUUCCCGGGCAGCGCGGCGCCGUCGCCGUCGCCGGGCGCCGCCUCGCACUCCUCCGCGCACGACGACUACGACGCCCCGGCCUGGACCCGCCCGCCGCCCAGCCCGGUUUUUAACAGUCACAUACCGCCGGAGUCCUACAGAUCAAAGAAGUCGGACUCGCUGGGCAAGCUUUACGAGAUGGACGACGCGCCGGAGAGGCGCGGCUGGGUGGAGCGGCUGCUGGCCUUCAUGGAGGAGAGGAGGACGCCCAUCGCGUCCUGCCCCACCAUCUCCAAGCAGCCGCUGGACUUGUACAGGCUGUAUCUGCUGGUCCGCGAAAGAGGGGGAUUUGUAGAGGUUACAAAAAACAAAACGUGGAAAGAUAUAGCCGGACUGCUAGGCAUCGGCGCGUCAUCGUCGGCCGCAUAUACGCUUAGGAAGCAUUACACAAAGAAUUUACUCGCAUACGAGUGCCAUUUCGACCGCGGCGGGAUCGACCCCCAGCCAAUCAUAAAUCAGGUCGAAGCGUCCACUAAGAAGAAGAGCGGAAAAAAUAAUAGUAAUUCCAGUGCAGGGUCGUCGAACUCGUCCGAGUCGUUCGGGUCAGGCGCGAGCGCGGGCGGCGCGCCCAUGGACGGGUACGCGCCGCAGUACGCCGGCUACCCGCCGCAGCCCAGCCAGCAGCCAGGCGGCGGGCCGGGCGGCGACAACCUCGCCGCCUCCAACCCGUUCGACGAGCCGCCGGGGCCCAGGAGACCCCCAGGUUACCAACAAGGUUACGGGUAUGAAUAUGGACCUCCUUAUCAGGCGAAUAGGCCUGUUUAUCCACCUUACGGCCCAGAUGGGGAUAGGGGUUACCGAGGGGGCGGCGAGUACCAGUACGGCGGGUACGGGGGCGGGUACCGCGCGGCCGGGCCGGGCGGCCCCGCGCCCGCCGCGCCGCCGCCGCCCGGCACGCCGCCGCCCGCGCAGCCCUACCCCGACUACUACCGCGCGCCGCACCCGCCGCACGUGCAGCACCCGCACCCGCCCCACCCGCCGCACCCGCCGCACCCGCCGCUCUCGCCCCACCAACCGCACCAGCCGCCGCACGAGAUGUCGACGAGCGGCCAGCAGUGUAACCUAAUGAGCUCGCAGCUCGCGCGGCAACUCGUGGCGCCGCUGCCCCCCGCUCAGCGACCCUACUACGGCGGCGGCAAAGGCAUGCCCGGGACGGUGGGAGCGGGCGCGGGCGCGGGUGCGGGCGCGCCGCGGCGCCACCCGGACUUCGCCAAGGCGGAGGGCGGCUACGGCGCGGGCGGCGCGCGCUUCGCGGGCUGGGCGGCCGUGCGCGCGCCGCAGCCGCCCUCGCCGCAGCCCGGCUGGCGGCCCAGCGCCGCGCCGCCGCCGCAUCCGCAGCCCGCCUGGCCGCCCUACCACCAGGGUACCGGACCGGCGUUAGGUCCCAACCAGAUAAAACGGGAAAUGACAUUCCCUCCAGAGUGCGUGGAAGCGACCGUGCCCUCCUCAGAGAAAAGACGAAGGUUGACCAAGCAAGAUGUAGCACCUGUAGACGCCUGGCGAAUCGUCAUGGCGCUAAAAUCUGGACUACUGGCGGAAACUUGUUGGGCGCUGGACAUUUUAAAUAUACUAUUAUUUGACGACAAUUGUAUAGGAUACUUUGGGCUGCAACAUAUGCCCGGGUUAUUGGAUUUACUGCUAGAACAUUUCCAUAAGAGUUUAAGUGACGUGUUUGACGCGCCCGCGCCGGAUGAAGAGCCGUGGUACGCGCCGCCAGUCACGCCCGAACCCGUAGUAGAAACUAGAAAAAAACCGGAGCCCCCGGACCCCAGUGACCGAGUGAAGCUAUUAAGUGGCGAGAAUUACACAUUGGAAACUCGUCGCAGACUGCCGGUCACUUUCAAACAGGACGACGAGUUGUUCGCGCCCGACGACGACGAGUCCGACACUGAAAGAGUGGAAGACGUGCUGGAGCCCUGGCAGCAUGGUGGCGACGCCACAGCCAAUCACGUCAUGCCUUGCUUUCAGGCUGAAUUCGUGCAUUUACCUUUCGUGCGCGUGAUGCCCGGACAGCGGGCGCCGUCACCGCCGCCGCCCGCCGCCGCGGACUCGCCCCGACUGAAACCCGAACCCGAGCCCGACGCCGAGACCAGCGCGGCGCAUGUCGACGCAGACACGGACAACCUCGAGGCCGAGCCCAUGGAGCUCGAGCCCGAGAGGCGGCCCACGCUGCUCAUCAAGGAUCCGGCCGGGGUGUUAAAGCGGCGGCGGCUCGAGGACUACGAGGACGAGUGCUACACGAGGGACGAGCCGAGUCUCAACUUAGUGAACGAAUCGCGCGACGCGCUCGCGAAGCGGUGCAUCGCGCUGUCCAACAUCCUGCGCGGUCUCACGUUCGUGCCGGGCAACGAAGUAGAAUUCUCGAGAUCCGGCGCCUUCCUCGCGCUCGCCGGCAAACUGUUGUUAUUGCACCACGAGCACGCUCCGCGGGCGGCGCGAGCGCGGGCGUACGAGCGCGCGGCGCGCGACGACGCCGACCUGGAGGGCUGCUGCUCCUCGCUGCGCGCCGGCCACGAGUGGUGGUGGGACGCGCUGGCGCAGCUGCGGGAGGACGCCCUCGUGUGCUGCGCCAACAUCGCGGGCGGCGUGGAGCUGGCCGGGCAGCCCGAGGCGGUGGCGCGGCCGCUGCUGGACGGGCUGCUGCACUGGAGCGUGUGCCCCGCCGCCGUGGCCGGGGACGCGCCGCCCGCCGCCGCCGCCACGUCGCCGCUGUCGCCGCGCCGGCUGGCGCUCGAGGCGCUGUGCAAGCUGUGCGUCACCGACGCCAACGUGGACCUCGUGCUGGCCACGCCGCCGCGGGGGCGCAUCGCGGCGCUGUGCGCGGGGCUGGCGCGCGACCUGUGCCGGCCCGAGCGGCCCGUGGUGCGCGAGUUCGCCGUCAACCUGCUGCACUACCUGGCGGGCGCGGGCGGCGCGGCGGCGCGCGAGGUGGCGCAGCACGCGCCGGCCGUGGCGCAGCUGGUGGCGUUCAUCGAGCGCGCGGAGCACACGGCGCUGGGCGUGGCCAACCAGCACGGCGUGGCGGCGCUGCGCGACAACCCCGACGCGAUGGGCACGUCGCUGGACAUGCUGCGCCGCGCGGCGGCCACGCUGCAGCGGCUGGCGGAGCUGCCGGAGAACCGGCCGCUGAUCCGGCGGCACGAGCGGCGGCUGCUGUCGCUGGUGAUGUCGCAGAUCCUGGACCAGAAGGUGGCGCACGAGCUGGCGGGCGUGCUGUUCGCGUGCUCGCAGCGCGCGGACGCGGAGGAGUGACGCGCCCCUGCGAGUGUACAUAUAGUGUAACGCGGUGGCCGCGUCGCCGACUGCUAGGCUACGUUCCGUUUUGUUAUUUAUGUCCGCGGUCGAUUUAUUUACAGAAGUGUCGAUGUGCUAUAAUCGAUUUCUAUUGUUCGAUUGAAGAGAGAUGUAUUAUAACUCGUAAUUUUGAUUUUUAUAAUAAAAUGGGACAAGAAUCUGUUUAUUGGUUUUAUGAUGGAGAUUUUAUACCGAGUACCUUUAGCGCCUUUGUCUAUAAGAGAAUUCGUAGUGGAGAGUGUGAGGAGCUUACGUGGGCUAUAAGUUUUAAUUAAGUUUAAUGUGAAUUAUUACAAUAAUCUAUAAUAUAUUGAAAUUGAAUCUGAA